AUGGAACCUAUACACGUACAAGGUCUUUAUAAGGCUAUUAUACGCCAGAUUACCGAGGAAGACUUUGAUAUUGUAUGUCAAACAGAACAAAAAUCAUUUCCAGAAGGCGAACCAGCUUCUGCCAAGCAACUUAGAGACCGAUUUAAUGCAGCUAAGGAAUUAUUCCUUGUAUUCGUAAUAGAUGGCGAAGUAAUUGGUCAUAUCUGUGGUACACGGAGUAAUGAUGACUUAUUAACUUUUCAAUCUAUGUAUGAACAUAUACCUGGUGGAAAAUAUCUCUGCAUUCAUUCUGUAUGCAUCCACGAAAAAUUUCAACGCAAGGGUAUCGCGUCUGUCAUGGUCAAUCACUAUACAGCUUAUAUUAAGCAGAAUUUUCCAGAUAUUGUGCUUAUUAAUUUAGUUGCUCAUGACUAUCUAAUAUCAUUUUAUGAGAAAGUAGGGUUUCAAUGCGUCGGCUCAUCUUCAGUAAACUUUGGUAAAUUGCCAUGGUAUAAUAUACAGAUGAAAUUACAAUAA